AACGCAGCCUAUAUAGGAGAUAGCCCGAUGGACGAGUGUGCAGUGGUGCGGCGUCGCGUUGGCAGCAGCGGCGGCACGUCUCGACGAGUUGCUUUGCUCGAGCUCCUCCGCUCGUCCAGCAGGCUCGAGUGCGGCCCACCCAGCCUCAGCCGCCUUCAAGGACCCGAACGUGCCGAUAAGGAGGACUUCAGACCAACAUGUCGUCGGCCACGCCUUUCCACGAGCUCAUCAAGAAGAAGCGGGACGGCGUCAAGCUCAGCGACGCGGACCUGGGCGACAUGGUGGCCAAGGUGGUGAGCGGGGAGGCUGCGGACGUACAGAUAGGAGCCAUGCUGAUGGCCAUGUUCCUGAAAGGCCUGGACGCGGAGGAGACGGCGAGCUUGACCCGGCACAUGGUGGACUCAGGUGACAAGCUGGAGUGGGGCGAGGAGUGGCGCGACCUGCUCGUGGACAAGCACUCCACGGGCGGGGUCGGCGACAAGGUGUCGCUGCCGCUGGCGCCCGCCCUGGCCGCCUGCGGCCUCAAGGUGCCCAUGAUCUCCGGACGCGGCCUCGACUUCACCGGCGGCACCCUGGACAAGCUGGAGAGCAUCAGAGGCUACAAGGUGAUGCAGCCGGUGGAGGCGAUGCACGCCGCGCUCGAGGACCCCGGCUGCUUCAUCGUGGGCCCCACGGCCCGGCUGGCCCCCGCCGACGGCGAGCUCUACAAGCGGAGGGACGUCACCGGCACGGUGGACAGCGUGCCGCUCAUCACCUCCUCUAUCGUGUCGAAGAAGGUCGCAGAGGGGACGCGCGCUCUCGUCAUGGACAUCAAGGUGGGCAGCGCCGCCCUGUGCAAGACCGUGGAGUCCGCCACCACGCUGGCGAGGUCCAUCAUCGACGUGGCCACGCUGCUCGACGUGCCGACUACCGCCGUCCUCACGCGCAUGGACAUGCCCAUCGGCCGCGCCGUCGGCAACGCCCUGGAGGUGGCCGAGGCCGUGAGCUGCCUGCGCGGCCAGGGCCCCCGCGACCUGGAGGACCUCGUCUGCGUCCUGGGUGGCGAGCUGCUGCACAUGCGCGGGCGUGCGGCCGACCGGGCCGCGGGCCGCGAGCGCGUCCGCGCCGCCCUGCACGACGGCAGCGCCCUGGGCUGCUUCCGCCGCAUGCUGGAGCGCCAGGGCGUGGCCGCGGCCGACGCGGAGGCCGUGUGCGCGGAGCCCUGGCGCGUGCUGCCGCGCGCGGCCCACACCACGCCCGUCCUGGCGCCGCGCGGGGGCGCCGUGCGCGCCGUCGCCGGCCUCGACAUCGCGCGCGCGUGCCAGCGCCUGGGCGCGGGCCGUUGCCGCCCGGACCAGGCGCUCGACCUGGCCGUCGGCGUCGUCCUGGACGACGCGCUGCACGUCGGCGCGCCCGUGCUCGCCGGCGACGUGCUCAUGACGGUGCACCACACCCAGGAGCGGCUGCCCGAUGACGUCCUGGCACUGCUGCGCGGCGCGGUGGACAUCGGCGAGGAGGCGCCGGGCGACUGCCGCCCCAGCUCCGACCGGGUCAUCGACAUCCUGUCGUGACGAGAAGCUUUCACAAUGGUAUUAUUUUCGACUGCGGCAAUAAACUGACUCUCUGCA